AUGAGUUCAGAACGCAUGGACUCCACCUCUAGUGGGACUUCAAUUGCGUUCCGGAACUGGCAAUUUAGUAACAACAUCAGGAAUGUUGAUAUGAUAGAAAGUGGGGCCGAAGAAAUGUAUCAGUAUGAUGCAAAUCUUCAGCAAUCAAUUCGUUCAGCAAAACCAUGGGAGAAGGACCCACAUUAUUUUAAGGAAGUAAAAGUUUCGGCACUUGCUCUGUUAAAAAUGGUAAUGCAUGCUCGAAGUGGAAAGAAUCUGGAAAUAAUGGGUUUAUUACAAGGUAAAAUUGAUGCAAAUACUAUUAUUGUAAUGGAUACAUUUGCUUUGCCUGUCGAGGGCACGGAAACACGGGUAAAUGCGCAAGCCCAAGCAUACGAAUAUAUGACUACUUAUACGGAGAGUUGCGAGCCUGUCGGAAGAUUUGAUAAGGUUGUUGGUUGGUACCACAGUCAUCCCGGGUACGGCUGUUGGCUGAGUGGCAUCGACGUUUCGACGCAAACACUAAACCAACAAUAUCAAGAACCGUUUGUUGCAGUAGUGAUAGAUCCUAUUCGAACGAUCUCAGCUGGUAAGGUCGAUCUUGGAGCGUUUCGUACGUAUCCUAAAGGCUAUAAACCGCCAGAGGAACAGCCUUCUGAAUAUCAGUCUAUCCCUUCUGACAAGAUAGAAGAUUUUGGUGUUCACUGUAAGCAGUAUUAUUCUUUGGACGUGUCGUAUUUUAAGUCGUCUUUGGAUGCCAAGUUACUCGAUUCUUUGUGGAACACCUACUGGGUCAGCACAUUAUCUACUACACCUCUGGUUAAUAGUCAUUCUUACACAACGUCACAGAUAACUGAUCUGGCAAAGAAGUUAAAAAGUAUUAUUGGCAAUGGAAGGUUACAGUCAGAACGCGUAAGUGAUGGCACGGCUGCAGAGACAUUAAAGAAAGCUAUCAAAGACUCUGAUAAAGUAAUUUUUUCAAUUAAUUAUUGA